GCCUCGCUGUCGCAGGGGAAGAAACGAGUAAAGAGUCCGGCGUACGGACGGCGGCUGUCCCAAAGCGCAACAGGCGAUAACCGUCGACGGCCACUGGAGGGUGUCAGAGUGCUGGAUUUGACCCGGGUUCUUGCCGGUCCCUUCGCCACCAUGAUCCUUGGCGACCUUGGCGCUGAGGUUAUCAAAGUGGAGAAACCAGGUGGCGGGGACGACACGCGAGCGUGGGGUCCCCCUUUCGUCGGUUCGGAGAGCGUCUAUUUCCUCAGCGUCAACCGCAACAAAAAAAGCGUGGCCGUGGACCUGAAACACCCCAGAGGAGUACGAGUCGUCCAGGAGCUCGCGGAGGUGAGCGACGUAUUGAUGGAGAACUUCCUUCCGGGCAAGCUGUCGGCCUUGGGCUUGGGAUACGAGGAGCUGAGCCGCCGCAACCCGGCGCUGGUCUACUGCUCCGUUUCAGGGUAUGGACAGACGGGUCCUCUUAGCGCGAGCCCGGGCUACGACUCCAUCGCCUCGGCCGUGUCCGGGAUGAUGCACGUCACUGGGUCGGAGGGCGGCGAACCGGUUCGACCCGGCGUGGCCAUGACGGACCUGGCCACCGGCCUGUACGCGCACGGCGCCGUCUUGGCCGCUCUGCUGCAGCGCCGGCAGACGGGGAAAGGCGCGCACGUGGACUGCGACCUGCUGUCCUCUCAGGUGUCGUGUCUCAGCCACAUCGCCGCCAACUUCCUCAACGGCGGGAAGGAGGCCAAGCGUUGGGGGACGGCCCACGAAAGCAUCGUUCCCUACCAGGCUUUCGAAACCAAAGACGGGCACUUGGUGGUGGCGGCGGGAAACGACCGGCAGUUUGUCAAAGUGUGUCAGGUUUUGGAGCUUCCCGAUCUCGGCCGACAACCUCGGUACUCGACUAACCGGCUCAGGGUUCAGAAUCGUCAACGGCUGGUCGGAGAGCUAGCGCAAAGAUUCCUGCAAGAGACGACGUCCGAUUGGCUGAGACGCUUCGAAGGCUCCGGCGUUCCCGUCGGACCCGUCAACAGCAUCCGACAGGUCUUCUCCGAACCCCAGGUGAAACACAACGGGCUCAUUCAGGAGAUGACGCAUCCCACCGCAGGACCCAUCGCCGUUCCUGGUCCGGCGGUUCGCUACAGCGGCUUCUCCCAAUGCCGCGCCGCGCCCCCUCCCGUCAUCGGCCAGCACACCGUUCAGGUGUUGCGGGACGCCCUGGCCUACGACGACCGCGUCAUCCGGCAGUUGCUGGAUGCGGGAGCGGUGGCCCAGAACCGGCUUUGUUGA